AUGCACAUUAAAAGUGUGGAAGCCCUCGCCAACGUCAAAACCAUUAACGUUGCGCAGUUACUGUCAUCAGCACAUCAACAGCAACUGAUGGAUAACCGAACAGCUUUAAAGAAAAUUUUCACCAUCCUACAAAGUCUUGCAAGGCAGGAUUUAAUGGCGAAUGAAGUAUUAUGGCAAGUAACACAGGAAAUAAAAACCGCAGAAUUUUUUGCUCUGAUGUUGGACGAAACUGAAGACAUAGGAAAAAUUGAACAAGUAUCAACGUGUGUGAGAGUGGUCUCAGCAGAUUUUCAAUCAUCCGAAUAUUUUCUGGGUUUUCAUGCAACGGAUGAUACAAAAUCCGAUACUUUAUUGGAAAUCGUUAAAUCAACAUUUGAAGAACAUGGUUUGGAAUUCUCGAAGCUGAGAGGACAAUGUUAUGACGGUGCGGCAAACGUUUCAGGGAAAGUUAAUGGCUUGCAAUCUCAGAUUCGACGAAUAGAACCACGCGCUUUGUUUGUACACUGCAAUGCUCAUAAUUUGAAUCUUGUAGUACAAGACGUAAUGGAAAAAAUCAUCAAAGCACGCAACUUUAUUGGAACCACGAGAGAACUUAUUAAUUUUGUUAAAGAUUCCCCAAAACGUUUGGCUCAAUUCCGUGAACUACAAGGUGAUGCUGAAAUUGACAACUUUCCCGCUUUAGCUGCAUAUUGCCCGACGAGAUGGGUCGUUCGAAUUAAAUCGUUGAAGACCGUAAUGUCUAAUUAUCCCGUAUUGAUACAGUUUCUGUACGAGCGCUCAAUCGAUCCUGAUGUCGACAGUGUUACAGCUGCAAAAGCAUCAGGACUUUAUAAUGCUAUGCAAUCAUUUGAAUAUAUUUUCUAUUUAGUGAUGAUGAUUGAAAUAUUUGAGCGAAUCGAGAUUUUAAACACAGCACUGCAAAAUUCACACUUGUGUGUCACUGAAUCGUACGAAAAAAUUGCUGCAGUCACGGAUGUUUUAACAUGUACGCGAGAAACCAAAUUUGAGGAGAUUUGGAGCCAAAGUGUAGCAAAAUGUAAAGAGUAUGAGGUUAACGAGCCGGAACUCCCUCGACCACGCAAAUUACCAAAACGCUACCAAGCCACGGAUUACGACGCAAGCGCCAAACCUAGAAAUGUCAAAGAUUUGUACGAAGAAGCGUUUAAUAUAGUUUUCGAUAAGGUAUUGUUGUCAUUAGGCAGUAGGUUUGAUACCGAUGCGGCAAAAUUUUUCAAAUCUCUUGAAAAAUUUGCCAUCGGUGAGUCCGAUGACAUUAAUACAAUCGUGAAUUUUUACGGUCAGGAUUUUGAAAGAAAACGACUAUUGAGUGACCGUAACAUGUUUAUGGACCUGUUAUCUCGUCAAGGGGUGAAGCGCGCUGCAAGUUUAAGGGAAAUAAUCCAGUUUUUUCAAACUUACAAGUGGGCAGUGGAUCUUGUACCGGAAUUUACUCGAUUCAUACGAUUAAUGAUAACAAUACCAGGUUCUUCGUGCACAAAUGAGAGGAGUUUUUCAGUUUUACGUAGGCUGAAAACCUACAUGCGUUCAACAAUCAAGCAACAAAGAUUGAACUCGGUAGUAAUUUUACAUGUUUACAAGAACCUUACGGAUGGACUGGAUUUGGAGUCAUUAUUAAAUAAAUUUAAAUCGAAAAAUACUAAACGCAAAGCUAUGUUUGCAUUACUUAAGAAAUGA